AUGAGAGCUGACGGCGGCACAGUCCCCUUCUCCACCCGCCGCCCCCGGAGAGGCGGCGGGGGAACGGAGAGGGGGUUUCGCCUCGGGCCGGCCAGCGAGAACAAGGAAGAAACACACCAGGAAAGCGGGUCGGGACCGACAGACACGGGGCCCGCGACCGACGACGCACCGGCGAACCGGGCACGCGGAGGCGAGCCCCACGGGCGCCCGAGAGGGGGCUCCCCAACCCCGACCGCGGCGUGCCUCGGGAACGGCCACCCGCCGCGUGAGGAACGGGAGUCCGAGGGAGCCGCCGGACGCCGACGGCUCCCUACGGGCCCCCCCGCCCCCCCGACCCCGGGGACGGAGAGGCGACCCCCCCGGGGGGUCUUUAAACCUACGCGCCGGAACGCGGUAGCUAGGUACCCGGACAGGGGGCGGGGGCGGAGACGCGAGAGGGAGGACCGCCGCCGCGACGACGCACCCGGUCGCGCACCCUCGCGCGACACCGGCUCCGUCCGGCACGCGCGCCCGGGAGCCACGGCGAGAGGCCGCGCGGGACGCCGACGCGGGGCGCUCCCCUUCCCCCCCCGACGGGGGGGGAACACGGACGCGCACCACCCCCCAGAAACAGAACACGGAAGAGCCGGACGGGAAAGAGGGGACACACCCGCGGGCCGCUGCGGUGCGGUGAGGCAGCAGCGGGAGUUGGACGGAGGAGAGCGAGAGCGGGAAGAAGAGCCGCCGUCCACCGUGAGCCGCCAGCGGCGAGCCGAACACGGGUCCUCGGACGGGGCGAGGAGAGCGAGCCGAGACGCGCGGGAGCGAGCGGGGCACACGGAGGACAGAAGACCCGGGCAGGCGGGCGGGGAGAGACGCGAGAACCGCGGACGGCGGCUCGCCCGAAGGAACGAUGGGAAUCCCCGGAGAUCCCCCCCCGACAACACCGCCGCAGGGAGCGAGCAGCGCCACGACGGGACGCGGACGGACGAGCGGGAGAAGAGCGAGCGGGAGGAGGGCGGCGGGUGGCCGGAACCGAGAGAGGCCACCCGUCGGGAACCGCCGAGCCGCCGCGAGACGGACGCGCUCCCGCGCGACGCACCGCGCCUACUGACCACGCCGCGGUUCCAAGCCGGCGGCCGCGGGCGGGCGCUCGAGAGCGGGUGCGGGGCCGCGACCGGGAACCGGCAGAGCGGGAGACGACACACCGCGCCAACGGGCUUGGCGGGAGAGACGGGCGGCGGGCCACCCCCCGGACGAGAGGCGGAGGCGGAGGGGACCGGGACACCGCGAAAAGCCGGGCCGCGCGCGUGCUCGGAAACGCGGCGGGAGAGGCGGGAGGGGGAGAGAGGCGACGACACGCGGACGGGCUUUCCCUCGAGGGACGGGAGGGGGGACGCCGCGGCCCACGACGCACGGACGGGCCGGACCUCGGGGACGGGGAGAGUCAUCGACCGGAGCCCCCACCGUCGCCGCACCGGAGGGAAAAAAAAAGCACGCAAGUGGGGGGUAUCUCACCGCCAGGCACCCAACCCGGUGCGGUGGCGGUUCCCCACACGAGACGCGCCUUCCCGGAGGACGACGACGACGACGGGGCCGGAAGAGUCCCCAGACGCACCUCGGACGGCGGACCCACCGCCACGCCGCAGACGACGGACGUCCGCUAAGCCUCCUUCCCUCGCGAGGUUCCCGAAACGCGCGAAGCCCGCCUCUCUCGCACCCUCUCGCACGGACCCACCGCCGAGACAGACGCGCCCGCCGCCGCCGAAGGACCCCCCGGCGGCGACGGGCCCCGACGCGUCCGGCGACGCGCCGGGAGACGACCGACCGCCGUUCUCCAAAGGCCGCACCCGAGAGAGAGGUCACGACCCCGCAAAGCCAGAACCGGAUCCCCGGCCCCGAGGAGGGACGGGUCAACCGCUGCUCCCCAACCGUGGGAACGCUGCCGGGGAGGGGGAGCGAGGCGACUCCCACACGGCACACAACACGAGCGACGCACGCACGCGACGCGCGCAGCGAGGCCGCGGUCCGCGGGAACGGCAAAGACGGGGAAGCGCGGGAGGGACCGCUCGCGGCGGGCACGGACGGCGGACGGGUGGGACCCGGGAGCCCACCGCCACCCAGCCCCGCUCUCUUCCCUGCUCGGCUCCGCGCCCCGACCGAGGCGCGUACGCACCCUCGGGGGAGCGGGGGGAUCGGGGUCCCGCGGCACUCGGGCGCGCGCACACGCGGCCCCUUCGUUCCCCGCCACGGGUAACACGUCCCGGGCUCCGGCACGACACGCCGGCGUCACGACACGCUCUCUUGUCCCGCGUGGUUCCUCCCCGGACUCGGAGCGAGGAGGCGCGGGCCGCAGUGGGCGACACAAACGCUCGGGUUUCCCCCCCCAAAGACGGGACGCGGCGAGGGGCACCCGGCCGAAGCUACGCGCAUCGGGAGGUCAGGGCGUGCUGGGGCGACCAGGCGGGCCGACGGGAGACCCCAAGCACGCCCGCUCAUCGGAUCGCUAGAGAAGGCACUCUUUUCUCACUGAGGGCGGGCGGGACGGACCCGGCCCGACGAGCCUCCGGCCGCGGCAGCGCAAGAGCCGGGGGAGCGACACACACACCGCUCGAUGAUCUCGAGCGCAGCGAGGCGGGGGGGCCUGCGGUAUCGGCAAGGCUCUUACUUCCUUUCCGGGGCGCGUUCUUGAGCGUUCGCGGACACAGGGGACCGGACCGAGAGAAAACAUAA